AUGACACAAGACUUCAUCAUCGCGCCUUUCGCGCCCACCAACAGGUCCCGCGCAUAUCUCACCCGCAAUGGGCAGAACACCUCUUCACAACAGAAGCGAAAGCCGACAGCACGAGAUGCGGCGAAACUAGCUAGGCAGAAGAUACUCGCGACAUCUGCCUCGAGUCGUAUUAAUAUUGGUCGAGUUGGGAAGGCGAAGAUCAAGGCUAAGAGGGCUAAAGCACGCAAGCCGAUGCGCAAAGCUGGCCCGGGGGAAGAUGAAGAGCAGGACAGCUCUGAAGAUGCGACUAUGAACGAUGAUGGUGCACAUGAGAAAUCGGCAGAGCCAGCAGCCAACUCGACUUAUAGGGCGGAGCGAGAACUCUCAGCACCCGAGAAGGUCUUUGGCAUCUUCGAAUUGUGCGAGAUUAUAGUCUCCAACCUCCCAACGCACGAUCUCUUUCGCACAAGAGGUGUCAACCAAACUGUCAAAGCGGCCAUCAACGACUCGAAGGUCUGUAAGGAGAAGCUCUUCCUGACACCUACGUCAGCUCCACCCGUCACUUGGCUCUGGACCGUUGGAGAAGACGUCUAUCAUUCAGUGCCAUACGCACCCUCGAGUGCAUUCCCAGGUGAUUGGAUUGGAGACAGUGACCAGGCCUCUCCCUACGACGUACAGCAACCACGACAUCUCAACAGUAUGGUGUUGCGUCGCGGGCAGGUAGAGCCAGUCAGGCAUCCAUUCCAACACUGGCCUCGCUUCAGCCUGAAGAUCCCCUCGUUCGAUACGGCAGAUACUGCUGUGUUCGAUGAGAUGUUUUUGACACAGUCUCCUGUACAAUCUGCGACGUUCUCGUACUCAACCAUUCCCAGGAUCCGGGCGACUGACAACACAAGGCCAAAGGUCACGCUGGACAUCCCGGGUGGAAUCAGGCUGAAGCACAUUCGCGAAGCAGUCGAGGCGUUCGGACAUGCUAACAACACUCUAUACGACACUCGUCUCGCCUUCCACGAGAGGGACGCCACGUUCUCGAGUGAGGCUACGUUCGAAGAAAUGGAGGUCCACGGAGAAUUGAUCUGCAGUGUAAUUCACGCACAUCGAGAACGGGAGCAUGCUGUGCGCGGCGGUGAACAGGACAAGGAGACGUUCGGCCUGGGCAAGAUGGUUCUCGAGGACACGGAGCCUGCCGAAGUAGUCCAAGACCCUAUGGACAUGACCGACAUGCGAGAGAGCUUGCCGGAAGUCGCUGGCUGGUCGUCAUCAGAUCCAGCGUAUGCGUUCCGUCAUGCAAGGAGCCGUGCGUACACGAUUCACGGAAGCGGUAUCAAGGAGCCUAUCACAUCUGAGCGACAGCUUUGA